AUGACAGAACUACUGGAGUUGCUAAAGGAUCCAGUUCGGUUUCACCAAGAUUCCGAAUCCAUAAGGCUCAAGGCCUUAGCACACAUAACAGAACAGAACACAUCGAUCGCUAGACUGGAGACCCAGCUGGAAAGCGCAAAGAGCGCCAACAAGGCGUUCCAACAGGCACUGGGGGAGAUCGGAACGGUCGUUAUCUCCGUCGCAAUGGGUGAUCUUUCCAAGAAGGUUCAAGUUCACCCUGUGGAGAGCGACCCUGAGAUAUUGAAGGUGAAGAUCACGAUUAACACUAUGAUGGACCAGCUACAGACGUUUGCCAACGAAGUCACGAAAGUUGCCACGGAGGUGGCAAGUGGAGAGCUGGGCGGGCAGGCCAAAAACGAGGGCACAGUUGGAGUUUGGAGAUCUCUGACCGACAAUGUUAAUAUUAUGGCACUUAAUCUAACGAAUCAAGUGAGAGAGAUAGCUGAUGUUACCAGGGCUGUGGCCACAGGUGAUCUUUCUAGAAAGAUCAACGUUCACGCUCAAGGUGAGAUUCUACAAUUGCAAAUGACAAUCAACACAAUGGUGGACCAACUGCGAACAUUUGCAUUUGAGGUCACCCGUGUUGCCAGAGAAACUGGUGUAGAAGGUCGACUAGGAGGUCAGGCUAGAAUCAAUAAUGUCGAAGGUAUCUGGAAAGAAUUAACCGAUAAUGUAAAUGCCAUGGCCUUGAAUCUUACAAACCAGGUCAGAAAUAUAGCGAACGUCACAACCGCUGUUGCCAAAGGUGACUUGUCCAAAAAAGUGACUGCCGAUUGUAAAGGUGAAAUUUUGGACCUAAAGCUGACUAUCAACCAGAUGGUGGAUAGACUUCAAACUUUUGCCCUGGAAGUCACCACAUUAGCAACAGAGGUUGGUACAGAUGGGAUCUUAGGCGGCCAAGCUAAUGUUAGAGAUGUAGAAGGUGCCUGGAAAGCUGUCACAGAGAACGUAAAUAUUAUGGCGGCUAAUUUGACAAACCAAGUUAGAUCUAUUGCUACAGUCACCACUGCUGUUGCCCACGGUGACUUGUCUCAAAAGAUUGCUGUGGAGGCUCAAGGGGAAAUUCUGCAACUGAAAAAUACCAUCAAUAAGAUGGUGGACUCCCUGCAAGUAUUCGCAUCUGAGGUCACCAGGGUGGCGAAGGAUGUCGGAAUAGACGGAAAAUUAGGAGUGCAAGCCCAAGUGUCAGACGUCGACGGUCUAUGGAAAGAAAUCACCACUAAUGUCAACACAAUGGCUGCAAAUUUAACCUCACAAGUUAGAGCAUUUGCACAAAUUACAGCUGCAGCUACAGAUGGAGACUUCACUCGUUUCAUCACGGUUGAAGCAAGUGGAGAAAUGGACGCUUUGAAAACUAAGAUUAAUCAGAUGGUUCUCAAUUUGAGGGAAUCAAUCCAGCGAAACACAGCGGCUAGAGAAGCUGCUGAACUUGCCAAUAGUGCCAAAUCGGAAUUCCUUGCCAACAUGUCGCACGAGAUCAGAACUCCUAUGAAUGGUAUCAUCGGUAUGACCCAAUUGACUUUGGAGACAGAAUUGACACAGUAUCAAAGAGAAAUGUUGUCUAUUGUGCACAACUUAGCAAACUCCCUUCUCACAAUUAUAGAUGAUAUUCUUGAUAUUUCAAAGAUUGAGGCCAAUAGAAUGACAGUAGAACAGAUAGCCUUUUCUUUGAGAGGAACCGUUUUUGGAGCUCUUAAAACAUUAGCUGUUAAGGCGAUUGAAAAGCAGCUUGAUCUCAUUUACCAAGUCGAUAAUUCAUUCCCUGAUAAUUUGAUUGGAGAUUCCUUCAGAUUACGACAAGUUAUUCUAAACUUGGCGGGGAAUGCUAUUAAGUUUACGACUCAUGGAAAAGUGACACUGACGGUUAAAAAGGCCGCUAGAAUUGUCAGUAACAACGAUGAAAAACUACUACUAGAGUUUUGCGUCAGUGAUACAGGAAUUGGAAUUGAGGAAGAUAAGCUAGGCUUGAUUUUUGACACUUUCUGCCAAGCUGAUGGAUCCACUACUAGAAAGUUUGGUGGAACCGGAUUAGGUCUGUCAAUUUCCAAGCAAUUGAUUCACCUGAUGGGAGGUGAAAUCUGGGUCACUUCCGGCUAUGGCGCAGGUUCUAACUUCUUUUUCACAAUUGCUGUUUCGCCGGCCAAGAUUGAAUUAUCCAGACAGAUCGAAGCUUUGGCACCUUUUGCUCAGCACCAAAUCUUAUUUAUAUCUACCGAACAUGAUGAAGAGACCAGAAACCAGAUUAAAGAGCAUAUCGCUUUACUGCAACUUGAGCCAGUGGUCAUUAGUUCUAUCGAUGACGCCCAAUACAAGGACUUCGUACCUUAUGACAUCAUAAUUAUAGACUCUAUUGAAAUAGGCAUGGAGCUCAGACACUUACCAGAAAUCAAGAACAUACCUUUGGUUUUGCUGAAUCCGUCAGUACCGUCACUGAACAUGAGAGUGUGCUUGGAUCUUGGUAUCACAUCAUACGGAAACACACCAUGCUCCGUUAUCGAUUUAGCAUCUAUCUUGAUGCCUGCUUUGGAAUCAAGAGCCUCGCCAUCCAAUUCCGACGGAUCACAAUCAUACAAUAUCCUCCUAGCCGAGGAUAAUUUGAUCAAUCAGAAGCUUGCUGUUAGAAUAUUAGAGAAACAUGGACACAAAGUGGAAGUUGUAGAAAAUGGUCUAGAGGCGUUUAAUGCAGUCAAAAAGAAUAGAUAUGAUGUUGUUCUUAUGGAUGUGCAGAUGCCUAUCAUGGGAGGAUUCGAAGCUACUGCGAAUAUCAGAGACUGGGAGAGAAAGAGUAAUCCAGUUGACGUACUCGGUUUUAGGACGCCGAUCAUUGCUUUGACAGCUCACGCUAUGUUGGGUGAUAGAGAACGCUGCCUAAAGGCCCAAAUGGAUGAGUAUCUUUCCAAGCCUUUGAAGCCAACUGUAUUGUUACAGACAAUAAGCAAGUGUAUUCACAACAUCAAUCAACUCAAGGAACUAUCCAAGAAAAACGUUAGCAGUAGGAACACCACAUUCUCUGAAGACUUUGAUAUCAACGCUGUUAUGUCUCCUAACAGCACUGGUGGGCAGCUGUACUCAGUUAACAAUAGGGUGAACGAAAUCCACGGUAACUUUUUAGACGGCCGCUCAAAUUUUGCCCACAUACCGCUGGAAAACCGAGAAACUGUUAGUACUACUACCACCUUAGGCGCUACAGUUGCCAAAGCCAAGAAGCCUUCCAGGAAUCAACCUGUUGUCAAGCCACCUUCGAUCUCAGCCAUCUAUGAUGCGUCAUCAAUUGACGAACUGACAGGAAGCUCGUUAAUCGCCGAGUCGAGUCCCGAAUAG